GGCGCUGUAAAAGAACCGAUUGUUCUUUUCUUCUUUGCGUUAAAAUAUUGCUAAGUGUAAAUUUCAAACUAGCUGGGGUGUCUUGUUCUUCACUCGAGAUUGCCUGAGCUUUGUAUUAAUGCAUUUUCUAAGCAUUCCAAAUUCCCAUGUAUGGAGAUCUCCAUUUUAUAAUUGUUGUGACCGUCUAUUCUUUGGGGAUCGUUUGAGCUUUAAGUAAGGAAUUACCCCAUAUGUUAUUCUCCCUCUCUCUUUAAGUUGGCAAUUUUCUUGACUUGUCCCAACACUUUAAUUGUAGAACAUGGCUUGUGCAUUAUUCAAGAAUUGAAAGAAUUGGGGCUUAUCUUGUUGAUGGAGAUAGCUCUCUGCAAAUGGGGUUUCUUGUUUCUUCUGUGUUUAGGCCUCUCAUUUUCAGUUGGAUUUUCAGUUGAGGGACUCCAUGGUAAUUCAAGAGUACGAGGAGUGAAUUUAGGUGGAUGGUUGGUGAUUGAGGGUUGGAUUAAACCUUCUCUGUUUGAUGAUAUUCCCAACAGUGACAUGCUUGAUGGAACAGAGGUCCAACUGAAAUCAGUGAGUGGGAACAAAUACGUUUCCGCUGACAAUGGCGGGGGAGGGGCCGUCGUGGUUGACAAAGAUAUUCCUCUUGCUUGGGAGACAUUUCGGUUGUGGAGAGUUUCCGAGUCAAUAUUCCAAUUCCGCACUUCUGGAGGCCAGUUUCUAACCUGCAAUGGAGAUGGGGGCAAUGUUACUGCUACAGCAGAGUUACCAUCUGAUACAGAAACUUUUUACUUGGAAAGAAAUAACGACAACCGAAUUCACAUCAAACUCAAGACUGGAAUGUAUUUGCAGGCUUCAAAUACCAACCAGCUCACAGCGGACUAUCCAGGGACACCAGGAUGGGAUGAUAAUGCUGCAACAUUUGAAUUGAUAAUUUCAGCAAAUAAUUUGCAUGGAGACUACCAGUUUGCUAAUGGCUAUGGUCAUGAAAAGGCAGAAGAAGUUUACAAGAGGCACAGGAACAAUUUUAUCACUGUAGAAGAUUUCAAUUUUCUCUAUAGGCAUGGAAUCAAUACUGUGAGAAUACCAGUUGGCUGGUGGAUAGCUUAUGAUCCCAUUCCUCCACCUCCUUUUAUAGGUGGAAGUUUGCAAGCACUCGACAAUGCAUUUUCGUGGGCACUAGAGUACAACAUAAAGUGCAUAAUUGACCUUCAUGCUGCACCAGGCUCCCAGAACGGGAUGGAACACAGUUCUAGUAGAGAUGGGACGACGGGCUGGCCAACAUCAUCUGAUUAUAUCUCACAAACUCUAAAUGUGAUAGAUUUUAUUGCUUCGAGGUAUGCGAAGCAUCCUUCGUUGCUGGGGAUUGAGCUAUUAAAUGAACCAUCUGCCGCCUCAGUUCCACUCGAAACCCUAGCCUCAUAUUAUAAACAAGGACACAAGAUUGUUAGGAAAUACUCAUCCACAGCUUAUGUCAUAUUUUGCCAAAGAAUUGGCAAUGCUGAUCCAUUGGAACUCUACCAGGCUAAAUUAGGCGAUGCAAAUACAGUAAUCGACUUGCAUUACUACAAUCUAUUCGACACUUUUUUUGUCAACAUGAGCUCUAUAGAUAACAUUCAGUAUAUAUACAAGAGUAGGGAAACACAGUUACAGGCUCUGAACGGCGCAAAUGGACCGCUUGUUUUUAUUGGGGAAUGGGUGAAUGAGUGGAAUGUAAAUGGAUCUCAAACCGAUUACCAAGAUUUUGGACAAGCCCAGUUGGAGGUGUAUAAUGCUGCUUCAUUCGGAUGGGCUUACUGGACACUGAAGAAUGACCGGAAGCACUGGGAUUUCGAGUGGAACGUACGCAACAACUACCUCCAACUACAACUUGGUUGUUCGUCAUGCAGGCGAAGUUGGAGUUAUGCGAUGUUUCUUGGAUUGGCAUGCAGCUUCUACUUCAUUUAUGGUGCGUAGAGUUGCAAAAUGUCAAUAUCUGGCGUCGAACACAACAGCAGGGAAAGCAAUUUUUCGUGGCGUUGGGAUGAAAACUAAACGAGUUAAUGCUUGAGUUGGCUGGUAUGCUUCCUUCAAACUGAGCUGAACUCUACCUUUUCUUUCUUUUUGUGAUAAAGCUCAACUCGGCUACUUUAUUCAUUUAUAACUAUCAUUUUUUUUUGGCUGAAAUGGGAUUGUUUUAUUGCCCACAACACAGCUCUAUAGUUGAUACAUUGAAUCAUCAAAUAAGUUGAUCGGAUAUCGAUAUUGCCAUAUUAAUAUGAUUUCGUGCAAUGUUGUAUACU